AUGAUGGUGAGGAACUGUACGGUUUCCAAUCAAAGUCGGCAAACAAAAAGUCCAGAAAUUGGUGUCUCUGUAGUAGAAAUUGUAGACGAAUUUGGCUGUUCUAAUUGGCCAGAUAUUUUACCCCAAAUAAAAUAUCAUGGAGAUCUAAAAGCAACAUUAGAAGUGCAAGCAUUUGCUUUAGAAUAUGAUAAUACAGAAAUGAACUUUUCUUGUCAAAUUACUUUACUUUUGAAAAAUAACGGUCGUUGUAGACGUCCACAAUGUUUGAAAACAAAGAAUUAA